AUGCAGAAAGAAAAUGAGGCCCAUGAGGCCAUUUCUAAGUUAAACCACUCUAAACUGGAGGGCCAAAAGAUCUUUGUGUCCAUCUCCCGCAACAAUCAAGCCAGAUAUGGAAGUGGGGAUGACUACCCUCCCCCACCUCACCACUAUCCACCUCACCCACACCAUGCUCCUCACUACCUCCCCCCUCGAGCUCCACACAGUGACGACUACCCAUCUCGUGGUCGCCUUCCUCCCCCUCCCCUCCCUCCACCCCCUACUACGAUCGUGACCUAUUUGUCUGCCAUGACCCCAUACUCUUCCAAUACUCUUCCUCUUCACGUUACUUUGAGCGGGAUCCUUAUGAGCGACGGCUUCCCCCACUCCCUCAGUGGCCACUCUCUCCCCACCUUACUUCCUGUUAUUACCGGGAGCACAGCCCCCUGUUGCCCCCACCUUCCUCUGCCAGCUAUGCACGAAGUGGUGCUGGGCGAGAUUUUGUUGGUGGCAGCUCUGUGCCCCCUCCUUCCUCUAUGCUCAGGCUUUGAUAAGGAUGAUUACUUUGAGGAGAAGUAUGCCAAUGGUUUUGGUAGGGGUUACUAA